GUAUAUUGUUAAUCUGCCGACUUAACCAUGUCGAUGUAUAUUUUAUUAACAAUAAUAGGUUUCACCCUAGCAACAGACAUGGCUUCUGAGUUCCGGAGGAUUCUCCACAUGAACACAACUGACCUUGACCCAUUUUUACUGAAGUCGACAGCGUCACUGUCUGAGAUACGAUGUGUUUCCGAAUGCCAAAUGUCCAUGCUAUGCUCCUCAGCUUUGUUCAACAACAUCGCGCGUCGAUGUUACUUGUAUUCGGUUCCUGCUACCACUACACCAGGAAUGGCUGUUCCUAGCCAUUAUAGAAUAUAUCGCAGAAUUGCAAAAUGUGAAGAGUUUGGAUACGUUGUCAUUGAUGGAACGACACAGUGUCUCAAACUCCACAGAGAAUUAAAGAAACAGAAAGGUGCCAUAGACGACUGCGAGAAAUCGGGCGGACAUCUCCUUCGCAUAACAUCAGAGUUAAUGUUUUACUUUACCAUCAACGAAAUCUCUCUUGCAGGACUUGCUGAAUCAUUCUUGUACAUAGAUGGAAAUAGAAGAGACGAAGCGUGGACGUUUUCAGACGGAUCCGAUAUCCAUAUACUUUUAUGGGCGCCUGCAGAACCAAAUGCGACGAAUGAAGACUGUCUAAUUCUAUUUCGUUCCGAAUACUACAAUAUGAAUUGUGAAACACCAUGGUUUUACAUUUGUGAACGGCCAAUGUUCUUGUGACUUUGUGAGCGAGUCCCUUUGAAAGAGGAUAAAAUCUCUGCAGUAUACAACAUUUACACAGUAAAGUUAUGAUGAUAAAUCUGCUGUAUGCAGAUAUCAUUCUGUAUAAAAAAUAAUGUAUCAUUAUUCCACUACUUAACUUCAAAAGCCUAAGAUUUGGAGACGUCAUAACUUGACUUUGGUAAAUGCCAUUUCCCUGGGGUUGAUAAAGCGAUGUAUUGACUUCAUCAAAGUCAAUGUUUGCAUGAUACCGAUUGACAAGAUAUGAUAAACUAUAAAUGCCAGGACUCAUAAGAUGUUUUCUUAGCACUUUCUUAUCAAUCGAAAAUUUUUCGACAAAAACACAAUUUUAAAUUUUCUUAAGCUUUAGAAUGUCAACAUUUGUUGAGAAUAAUAUAUGUGCAUCUUAUACGAUCUUAAAACAAGAUAUAAUUUCACUACAUGUACUUUAACAUGAAGCACAUGCCUACAACAGCCUCGUUUCAAGUCCGCGUUUCGCAAAUUGUAUGGUGGUUACAACGAUCUGAUUCAUAAUUACAACUUGUCAUUGACCAAUAUGCUGUCUGACAUGUUUCAAACCUUUGCGCACUGAUAUUGACUGAGGAUUACCCCGUUUACCCCAUCAAUGUAUAGGGCUCACAGCGGGUUUGACUGGGGGAUGGGGGAUACUUACUCCUCCUUGACACCUGAUCCCACCUCUGGUAUAUCCAGGGGUCCGUGUUUGCCGUACGCUUAAAUUUGUAUUCUUUAUAAGAGUUACGAGAUUGAACAAUAUUCGUGAUCUUUAUCUUCACAAUUUCUUACCAAUUGUUGGGCCGUUCUUUACACACUGGAUUUGAAUACGGAUUACUCCGUCAGCCUGCUAAAGAUAUAGGGCUCACGGUGGAUGUGGACAAGGGGUGCUUAUUUCUCUUUGGCACCUUGUCCCAUCUCUAGUAUGUCCAAAGGCAUAUUUGCCCUAUUCGCCCUAUUUGCCCUAUUCGUAAUUUUGUAUUCUGUACAGGAAUUAUAAGAUUCAUCACUGUUCGUUGUCUCUGAAAUGCAUAUAUAUCAAAACUAUUGCAUACAUAACCAUUUUUAAAUAUUUCCACUAUACUUCUAAGAAUUGCUGGGGCUCACUCUGGGGAGUGGUGGAUACAGGGGGAGGACAGUUCAAAUCCUGACCUUGUCCAACCAAAAAUUUUCUAAUUUUCAUAUUAUUCUUUCGCCAAACUAGCCCCGGGAUUUUAAGAAGAUGCAAAUGUGUGUCGCUUAUCUAAGCAUCAUCUGUUUUGAGCAUGCGAUAUCAUUCACUAUGAUAUAGAAAUGAAGAUUUAUCAUUUCACAGAGAUCUAAAUUUAGCUUGUUCAUUUACUGUGUGAAAUAUUCUGGGAAACACAAAAUUUCUGCAUAGUCAGUUAUCAUCUUUAUUGCAUUGUGUCUAAUAGCGAUUUUUUUUCCCUGUCCUACAGUAAUCUAAACUUUCAGGUUCACUUCACUAAUACACGUGAUUUACAGAGCUGGUUACAGCUUCUACUUCAUCAAGAUACCUUGUUCAAUGAAUAAUUGUGUUUUCUUUAAUUAAAACUUCUAUUCUUCAGAAGCU